CACAGACCAAUGACAGGCCCGAUGCGCGAGCAUGACUCAGACAGCCUGAACGUCGAUCAACCAAUCCCGCCUUGCCUGUCCCUGACCUGCCACCAGAUGCGCCAAGCUUCAGCCCCCGGCCCCAAGCCAGAUAAAACCAAUUAG